ACUAGUUUCAGUUAAGAAAUACAUGUUCAUUUCUUUUCAAACUUUUUUUGUCAUUUGCAAUAUAAUUGUAAGAAUUGCGAGAGACAGCAGUUAGAGCGUAAGUUUGGCUAGCGUUUGCUUGUGAGACGGAAAUGAUGAACACCACUGUUAUGAUAACGUUAUAGAGAAGUAUCAUGUUAAUGAAUCUCGUGCCUUUAAAAUGUCAACCACAGAAAAGGCAAAAAGGCGAGCAGCCCAACUUAACAAACUGAACAAUGUAAAACUGGAAAAAGAUCUAGUCUCAAUCAAAAAAGCUCAAAGUAACAGAAAAAAGACUCUAAGUGAUGAAAUUGCUGACCUGAGAGAAGACUUCAGAAAAAUCAAGGAUAAAACGCCAUCGCUGGGUGAUAAAAAGACAAUUGAAGGUGCAGGUCCACCUCAAAGCGAAGCUGAACGAAUCAUUAAACGACUUUAUGAUUUGAGAUCGAAGAAACAUAAUGCGGACAUUCUCGUUGAAAGACCAGAUACUCGUAACACAGAAAAAACUAAAAGUGAUACUAAAUAUAAGCGGCGACGCCCUGAGAAACAGAUAGAUCCAAGAACAAUUGCAACCAGCGCCGGAGAAAGACAUCAUCACCGAAGCAAAUCGUGGCCAAAUGAUGGGUCGAUACUAAAUCAUAGUAAAGACAAAUCUAAUCAAGAAGUACCCUUACUAGAAAGAUUCAAUACAAUUGCGGAGUAA